AAACCAAUAAACCGUAGUGGAUGGAGAGACUCAGCAGCUUCAUCUGGACCCGUUAUGAAUCUGUGUCAGAGGGAGGAGACUCACAACACUCUCACAUCCUCAUUGGUGCUGAUCAAAACAACCGCCAAGAUGACGACUAAACCACUGCUUCUCCUGGCUGCGCUGACCUUCUGCUGCUGCAUCGCCUCGAUGCAUGCUUUUGUGGGACGGUGUCACUGCAUACGGACGAGCUCUCGUACUAUCCCAAUUCAGCUCAUCAAGAAGAUUGAGGUGCAUCCUAUUUCAGGACACUGUCGCUGGACUGAAAUCAUAGUCACCAAGAAGAAAGGCUCUAAAGUUUGUGUUGAUCCAAAUGCAAAGUGGGUUAACAACCUGCUCACCAAAUUGCAAAGUAAAAACAAGAAGCCUGAAUCAACUGCUGCCAGUGCUUCCAGUGCUUGAAGUACUGACACUUGUAUACAGUGAUGGUGCUGCUUUAGAUGUAAAACGUGUUAUUGGUGAAUUCAUUAAUGCUUUAUGGAUACUCACACUGAUAUAAAAAUGUUUUAAAUGCGUUCAUAUUGCCAUAUUAUCUUCAAAAUUCACACAUCUGUACUGUGAUCUGAAUUGUUUUAAUGAAGUAUUCAUAGAGAGCUUUCAUGUAAAUUUGACCCCAUAAAUGUGAAUUAAAUGCAUUGAUUAUAUUUGCUGUAACCUCUGAUGUGCUCAUGAUGUAUUCUUGUUUUCUAAUAAAGAAUAAAAAUCACAGACAAA